ACAUGAAAAAAGGAUGAUCCUUUCUGUGAUAGUUGUGUGUCCGCCCAAUUCGUCUGUGCGUUGAACCUCUGUUCUUAUACCUUAAAAUUUACGCUCAUCUUGUUCACACAGCACUGAGCAUUGUCCAUUCGAUUCCCUCGUCCACACGAUCCAUGGCUAUAGCCAUUUGGCCCUAGAUACCGUUUGUCUCCAUCACUAUCAUGUCAAACGAUCUUUUGCUACGUCUCUUCAACUCUAGCUAUUUUAAUGUCUGGCUCGCUGUAUCGUAUCUUUACCGGUAUGCGGACAAUAGCGGCAUUCAGCAUUACCUGUGCAACGAAUUGCGCAAGUUUCCUUUGAGCGAAAUCGAAUACUACCUUCCUCAGCUCCUCCAUUUCCUGAUGGUGCAACCGGAUCAUUCGGCGGCUAUUGAAGCAUUACUCGUUGAUCUUGGAAUGCAGUCGCGCCAUGUCGCCGUCAUGUGCCUGUGGUAUCUUCAAGCGUAUUUGACCGAUCUCUCAUCGAAUCCGUCCGAUCCCGCUUUUCAGCUUUGCAAACGCGCCUUAAAUACAUGCCACUUGAUAAUUUUCGAUGAUGCGGAAGAGACCGAUGACCGAGCGUCGAUGCCCUAUCCGACGUUACCAAGAGUGUCGGGAGCGGUGGCAGGGAUAGGGGCUGUACUGGCCGGUAUAGGACAAAAUCUGGCUUCGUUGCCCAUUGCCAACUCGGCCAAAGCCAUGAAAGCGGCUCGACAACGUGAUUCGCUACACAGCACCUCAUCCAGUCGACACAAACCAUCGUUGUACUCGGCCAAAGAAUCACCCAGCUUACCCAACUUGGUAGAUCGCGGGUUACUAGGCGAUCAUUUUUCAUCCGCCUUUCUUUCCCAACCGGAUCUCCCGAGGACAAAGACACAAGUAGUGCAUCACACAACGGCAAGGUCAAAAUCGUUGCGGAUAGCUCACGGAAAGCAUGGUUCAAGGAUAACAAGGCCGGGGUUGACAUCGUCCGUGACAAUCGACCCAUUGUCAGGGUCCAACGCCUCUCGACUCAGCAACGAAUUAAAAUACCCACAUUUAUCAUCCCCCGGUUCUGAUUCGGGGAUCUCUUUACCGAUCAAUCCAGCUCCUGUGUACUUGACCCGGAUUCCUUCAUCGACUAGUUCCAUCAGCAGCAGUCGGAGUGAAGAUCCCUUUGACGAUGACGACAGUUUCUACGGGACCGAAAGGAAAUCUCCAAGCAAAGAAUCGACCGUUGAUCUGACGCGUCAGCGGCAGUUACUUCAAUCCAGCUAUUUCCAAUCCGAGAUCCAAUUUGUUCUUGCCCUAGUGAAUAUUACCACGCGUCUCCUCAACCUACCUAAAUCGGCCCGCAUGACAUCGCUACGAGCGGAAUUGACCCUGUUAAACCACAAUCUCCCUGCCGAUAUAUGUAUACCCCUAUGGUGUCAUGCAACGACAAAACACCCACAUCAUCACCGCAUUGUUCGCAUCCAGGCUUCGGAAGCCGUGGUACUGAAUUCGGCUGAAAGAGCUCCAUAUAUGGUGUUACUGGAAGUAUUGGAGGGCGAUGGCAGCAUAGAAGAAACCUCCUCAAAAGACGACGCGGACACCGCCGCAUCAAGCAAACAGGAAGCAGUUGGCAAUGUAACUCAUUCACUUUCGGAAAGCAUUGAUUUAGGCGACUGCAGUCCUGCGCAAUCCCCCUUGUUCUUAUCAGCGUCGGCUGGCACCGAAUCGCAAAAGAGCUACACGCCGAAUGGUACGUCACCCCUGACGCCUGAGGUGAUGGAUCAUACCAACGAUCACGCUGAACGGAUGCAUAUGGCGGCUAUUAUGCUGAGUCAGUUGCAAACGACUGGCACUGGCGAUAUGGCCGGGCCACGAACUCGUCCUGAAAAUGAAGCCAUCCGUGAACGCAUCAUGCAACAAAUGCAACUUUUGGAACAAGCUCGCAUGGAUAAAAUUAGGUCAGGGCAUUUCAACAGAGACGUGGAAGAAGAACAAUGGAACAAGGAUGACCUCGCGAAAAAGAUGAUGCAAGCAUCCGAAAAAAGUAAACCCAUCACGGAUAAAGAAGAUCCUAGUGCCGCUGUUUUCAAAGAAGAUUGGCAAGCGAAAAAGGCGAGAGUCCAGGCCGCGUCACCGUACGGACACUUGCCUCACUGGCAGCUGAUCUCGGUGAUUGUAAAGAGUGGAUCGGAUUUAAGGCAAGAACAAUUUGCUGUGCAAAUCAUCCGCGAAAUGCAGAGAAUUUGGAAAGAAAAUCACAUCAACGUGUGGGUGAAAUAUUUCCGUAUCCUUGUCACUUCGAACCAAUCGGGAUUGGUCGAAACGAUUCGUAACACAAUGUCUAUCCACUCUAUAAAAAAGGACGCCUACUCUCGUAUGAAAAGUGGUAAAGCGUGCGUUUUCACAUUGGCAGAUUACUAUCAUCAGCGUUGGGGCCCUUUGGAUUCACCCACGUUUUGCGAAGCGCAAGAUGCAUUUAUGCGUAGUCUGGCGGGUUAUUCUGUGAUUUGCUACCUUUUACAAAUCAAAGACAGACACAACGGAAAUCUUUUGAUUGAUGAUGCGGGUCACAUUAUUCAUAUCGACUUUGGUUUCAUGCUAUCGAAUUCGCCUGGUUCUGUUGGUUUUGAAAUGGCGCCAUUCAAGCUAUCUCAAGAAUUCAUUGCCAUUUUGGGCGGUGUGCAAGGGAAAAAGUUUGCUGAAUACAAGGCACUGAUGAAAACGGCUUUCUUGACGUUGCGGAAACACAGCGAAAGUAUUCUAUUGUUGGUGGAUCUCAUGUCUCGUCAUUCGAACAUGCCGUGCUUUCAAAUGGGCGAACAAACCGUACAACAGCUCCGCGACCGAUUUCAACCGCAUCUCACCGAAAGUCAAGUGGAAGAGUUUGUGGACAAACUCAUCACAACGAGCUGUGGUAACAUCUUUACGCGACUCUAUGAUACUUAUCAAUACUAUUCUCAGGGAAUAUUGUAAAAUACAUAAAAAGUCGAUCAAAUAAGAUCAAGUUAAACACCAACAGUGCUAACGAACCCUCUUGAACCAUUUUCUUUUUAAAAAAAAUUGGUGAGGUGUUAGUUAUGGACCUCUGUUUUCAUCAUUUCGACUUUUUAUGUUUGUACUUUUUUUUUUCUCCCUCUUUUUUUUCACGCGUUUGAAUGAAUGAUGGAAAAAACGACAUGGAGGAAAUCCACAGUCAUCCGCGAAAAAGAUAAACAUUUUCUCAGACAUUCCCUCAGCAUAUUAACGUCACAGUACAAUGUCAGUUAGGCCUUUUGUUUUCUGGGACAUUCCAACCAAUUGUCUAUCCUUUUAUCAAGCAGAUAAAAAAGAAAAAGAAAGCGAAAAAAAGGAACACGCACAGAAGGAAAGAAGGCGGUGAUAUGGCUGGGAAUAUUUAUCGGAAAAAAAAAACCGCACAGGCGAGAGGC